GGUACUGGGGGUGCUCGGUAUGACCCCCCCAGGCUGGUCACACCCCCUGCCCCAUGUCAUGGGUGCUUCCUGCACCAAAGGCCCCCCACCCAUGGGUGCUGUGAUACACUGAGGUACCCCCCAAAACCCCAGUGUAGCCCUGAUGCUGCUGGGGACCACAUCCUCUGCCCACGGAUUCCUCCAGUGGCGCUGGGAACCCCUUGAUAAACCCAUGGAUACCCCCAAGUGCCAUGAGGGGCCCCAUCCCGUGCUCCCCUCAAGCUCAUGGAUACACCCAGCACCACCAGGGACCCCAUCCAGUUCCCCCCCAAGCUCCUGGAUCCCUCCAGUACCACUGGGCACCCCAAGUGAAGCCCCAGCCCAGCCCUUGGAUACCCCCCAGUGCCAUUGGGAACCUCAUCCCAAGCUCCUGAAACCCCCCAGUGCUACUGUGGACACCACCCCAUGACCCUUCAAGCCUAUGGAUCCUCCCAGUGCCACUGGGAACCUCAUCCCAUGAUCCUCCAAGCCUAUGAAUCCACCCCAGUGCCAUUGGGAACCCCAUCCCGUGAUCCUCCAAGCCCAUGGAUCCCCCCCAGCGCCAUUGGGGACCCCAUCCCGUGAUCCUCCAAGCCCAUGAAUCCACCCCAGUGCCAUUGGGAACCCCAUCCCAAGCCCUCCCCAAACCCAUGGAUCCUCCCACCAUCACCGAGGACCCCAUCCCAUGCCCCCCCCAAGCCCCUGCAUGCCCCUCACCCCACUGGGGAUCCCAUCCCAAGCCCAUGGAUACCCCCCAGUGCCAUUUGGGAUCCCAUCCCAAUCCCAUAGGUACCUCCUGUGCCACUGGGGACCCCAUCCUGAACCCUUUCCAAGCCCAUGGAUGUCCCCCAGUGCCACCGGGGAUCCCAUCCCAAUCCCACGGACACCCUCCAAUGCUUCGGGAGCCCCUAUCCAAGCUCCCCCUAUUCCUGUGGGGGCCCUUCUGCAGCAGGAGCCCCCCCAGUCCCACCAGUGCCCCCAGUGCGAGGGGUCUCACCCCGAGGGCUGCCCCAUCCCCCUCCCCUCCCGCCGGGUUUGCGAGCAAGGACAGCGACCACGCCCCCUUCGCUUAAGCCACGCCCCCUUCGCGCAAACCACGCCCAUUUAUCGAAGCCACGCCCCCCGCCAUGCGGGUCCUCCAGGACAUCAGAUCCGCUAGGGGGCGCCUGCAGCAGUGCCAGCCUCUCGCCGCCGCUCCGCGCUCUGUUGUUCCGUGACGUCACUUCCGGGAGACGCGGAGGCGAGGGCGCGCCCGGCUGGCAGCACCAUGUCCUCCGAGUCCAGCAAGAAGAGGAAGCCCAAGGUGAUCCGCACGGACGGGGUCCCAGCCGAGGGCAAGCGGGGCAAGGGCGACGCUGACCAGGAGACACAAACGCUCCUCUGGAGAGCAAGCACAAGGCUGGAGGAUCCCUCAGGGAUUUGCAUGGAUGCCAGGUACUACAGCGAGGAGAGCGAGGUGGAUCUGCGCGACCCCAUCAAGGACUACGAGCUCUACAGGGAGACCUGCCAGGAGCUCCAGAGGCUCAUGGCAGAGAUCCAGGAGCUGAAGAGCCGGGGCAUCAAGGAAAAUGCCUCGGAGAUCGACGAGCGGCGCGUCCAGAGCUGUGUGCACUUCAUGACCCUGAAGAAGCUGAACCGCCUGGCUCACAUCCGGCUGAAGAAAGGCAGGGACCAGACCCACGAGGCAAAGCAGAAGGUUGAUGCCUAUCACCUGCAGCUCCAGAACCUGCUCUACGAGGUGAUGCACCUGCAGAAAGAGAUCACCAAGUGCCUGGAGUUCAAGUCCAAACAUGAGGAGAUCGAGCUGGUGAGCCUGGAGGAGUUCUACAAAGAGGCCCCCCCUGAAAUCAGCCGCCCUGCCAUCACCCUGACCGAGCCCCACCAGCAGACCCUGGCCCGCCUGGACUGGGAGCUGGAGCAGCGCAAGAGGCUGGCAGAGAAGUACAAGGAGUGCCUGACCAGCAAGGAGAAGAUCCUGAAGGAGAUCGAGGUGAAGAAGGAAUACCUGAGCAGCCUCCAGCCUCGACUCAACAGCAUCAUGCAGGCCUCCCUGCCAGUCCAGGAGUACCUGUUCAUGCCCUUCGACCAGGCACACAAGCAGUACGAGACCGCCCGGCACCUCCCGCCGCCGCUCUACGUCCUCUUUGUCCAAGCCAGCGCCUACGGACAGGCCUGUGAUAAGAAGCUGGUGGUGGCCAUUGAAGGGAGUGUGGAGGAAGCCAAAGCCCUUUACAAGCCACCUGAGGACUCGCAGGAUGAUGAGAGCGAUUCCGACGCGGAGGAGGAACAGACCACGAAGCGGCGCAGGCCCACCCUGGGCGUGCAGCUGGACGACAAACGCAAGGAGAUGCUGAAGCGACAUCCCUUGUCCGUCACCCUCGACCUGAAGUGCAAAGAUGAGAACGUGCUUCACCUGACCUUCCACUACCUGAUGAACCUCAACGUCAUGACAGUGAAAGCCAAGGUGACCACUGCUGUGGAGAUGACCACGGCCAUCAGUGCUGGGGACCUGCUCUCCCCAGACUCCCUCCUCAACUGCCUCUAUCCAGGGGACCACGGGAGGAAAACGCCCAACCCGGCCAACCAGUUCCAGUUCGAUAAAGUGGGCAUCCUGACCCUGAGUGACUACGUGACAGAGCUGGGACACCCCUACGUGUGGGUGCAGAAGCUGGGUGGCCUGCAUUUCCCCAAGGAUCAGCCUCAGCACACGGUGGCUGCUGACAACUCCCUGAGUGCCAGCCACAUGGAGCUGACGGUGAAGCUGCUCCGGAGCCGCCUGCAGUCCCGCCUGGCCCUGCACAAGCAGUUUGCAUCCCUCGAGCACGGCGUUGUGCCCGUGUCCAGCGAGUGCCAGCAGCUCUUCCCGACCAAGAUCGUCUCGCGCCUGGUGAAGUGGACAGCCAUUCCCUACGAGGAUUAUGCCGAGCUGCCCUACACUAAGGAUGUGAUAGAGGCUGGCUUGGCUGAAGACACUCACCUCUACUACAUGGCCCUGAUAGAGAGGGGAACAGCCAAGCUCCAGGCAGCCGUGGUGCUGAACCCCGGGUAUUCCACGCUGCCUCCCGUCUUCAGCCUGUGCCUCAACUGGAAGGGAGAGCGGAACAGCAGCAACGACGACAACAUUCGGGCCAUGGAGAGUGAGGUCAAUGUCUACUACAAGGAGCUGUGGGGGCCCAAACCGGGCUACCAGCUCCUCACCAACCAGCUGCAGCGCCUGUGCAUGGUGCUGGACGUGUACCUGGAGACAGAGCCCCACGAUCCCAGCGUGGAGGGGCCCAAGGAGUUCCCCCAGGAGAAGAUGUGUCUGCGCCUGGUCAGGGGUCCCCUGCGCCUGAAGCCCUUCAAGUUCAACUACCCCCAGGGGUUCUUCAGCCAUCGCUGAGCAGCCCUGGGCAUCACUCUGGGGCUCGUUCUCUCUGUGGAGGGAGUGUUCCCACCCUGACAUUUCAGCUCCUUUUCCAAGAUUCUGGGUUUUGUUUGAAGGUUUUGUAGUCAAAGGGAUUAAACUGAACUGAAGAAAAAAUGUGUGGGUGCCU